AUGUAUUACGCACAAGCAACAGAUCAAUUUAAUAUGGUUGCGCAUAAACUCAUGAUUUUUUUCGGUAUUAUUAUGUGUAUAUUUGGCUUAAUUGGAAAUAUUUUAAAUGUUUGCGUAUUCGCCAUAUGGUCUCGUUCUCGAAAAAAAAUCAAUAGAUAUAGUAGCAGUCAUCGAACAAGUAACAGUUCUUUGUAUUUACUUGCAUCAUCUGUUGCUAAUUUAAUAAUAAUUAGUUAUCCACUUUUAACUCGUAUUUUGCUUGAUGGUUAUCAAUAUCGAGUAACAAGAACUAAUGUUUUGAUUUUAUGUAAAUUUCGAUAUUAUGCUUUACAUACAUUUGAUUUAAUAUCAUUAACAUGUAUCUGUAUGGCGACAUUUGAUCGAUAUUUAUUAUCAUCAAGAAAAGUUCGUCUACGCCAAAUGAGUGCAAGACGACAGCGAACGAAAUUAAGUAUACUAUUUAUUAUUGUUUUGGUUGGAUUACAUAGUAUUCCAUUAAUUAUCUAUUAUGAUGUUUCAAAUACUGGUCAAUGUGAAAUUUUCCCAAUUGAAUAUUCCUACUAUUAUCUAUAUGUUGUUCAAAUAUCUUUACAUGGAUUGAUUCCAAUUAUUUUUCUUUCAAUAUUUGGAUUAUCAACAUUCAAACAAUUGAAAUUAAUCACAAAACAUAAUCCAUCUAAUCAUUUGAAUAGUGAUAGACAGUUAGCUCACAUGCUAUUGUUAAUGUCUAUUGCUAUUAUAUUAUCAUCGAUUCCACAUUGUAUUGAACAAAUUCAUGAAGUUGUAUUUUCUGAUAAUAAUUAUGAAUAUUCAUCAAAAUUUUUUCUCUAUCAUGUUAUAUCAUCGAUUUUAUAUUAUACAAAUCCUGUAACUAGUUUUUAUGUCUUUUAUAUUUCAACGCCAAACUUUCGUAUUCAAGUUCGAAAUCUAUUUUCAAAUAAUAGACAUAAUGAAGACAUGACUAACAAGUCAUCGAAUUCCAGAAGUGCAGCACAAAUAUGA